UAUUUCAUACUGCUAUGGUAAAGUUAACAAAUUUCACAACAUAUGCUGAUGAUAUUAAAUCUGCUUCUGAUCCUUAUAUACUUCAGAUGAUUUGCCUGAAUGUUCUUGUUGUUCUUCCUUCCUGGGAUUAUUUUAUAUACCUUCUCUCCACCUUCAUGAAUAAUGUUAUGUGAGAAAUAACCUGGGCAAACAAGUCUUGCCAAUGAUACUGGACAUCCAGUUAUCAUCAAGGACAUGGCUCACAAGAUCCUGAUAUUUCUCAUAUGCUUAAAGCUACUUCGUUCUUAAUAUGGUAGCCGUAUUAGUGCCUCUGGAAUGUUCUCUUUUUUUUUAAAUAAGAAAGGGUUGCAAGAUUAUUGCCCACUGAGAAUCUUCAGUCGUUGGAGCUCUCUUCAUUGAAGGAAUCCUAGUUCAUGGGUCACUAACACCAAUGUACCUGCUUGGAGCUACAACUGUCAACUAACAUUAGCAAUAGAAUUUAAUCAUUAUUAUAAUUACUUUGUACAGGACACAAGCCCAAAGUUGUGAUAUGCUAAAAAUAAGUCACAGACAAGUGCUCUUACAGCUGUAGCCUCAUAGCUCUAGUGAGCCAAGUUCAGUCCUGACCUUGGGCGCUGUCUAUGUGGAGAUAACACAUUCUCCCAGUGACUGCAUAAUUUUUUUUAAUAUGGUUCAGUUUCAGCUCAUUCCCCUCCACAUUCCAAAAUGGAGGGUGGUAGCUUAAUUGGCUAAACUACCCCUCAGAUGUAGGUUAGUGUAGCAUGGGGGGGGGGUUAGAGUUGAUUAGAAAUAUGGGAGAUUAAAAGGGGAUUAGGCUAGGGUUAGUGCAAUUAGAGACAUGAUUUUCCAGAGGUACUUGGGCAGGUGCGUAAAUUAAAAAAGAUUUCAGAGGAAUAUGGGCCAAACGCAGGCAAAUGGGACUAGUUUCGUUGGGAAUCUUGCUUGGCAUAGACCAGUUGGGCCGAAGGGUUUGUUUCCGUGCUAUGCGAUCUAGGAUCCUAACGAGUUCAUGAAAUCUUCAGCAUUGUGUGCGCUAUGUUUCAGCAGCAAGGACGUCUAUGUAGAAAUUUUUAAAAAGUGCAAACUACGCCCUGACCAGAUAUACGAAAACACAUCCAGUACGUCAGAGCUUCCAUUGGGGUAAAUUCACAAGAUUAGAGAAUAUGAUGCCAAAGUAUUUGACGGCCUCUGGGAAAUGUCUUCACAGCAUGGAAGGGGAGCAUAUACCAAACCACAGAAAGCGUACUUAGCUUUGCACGGUUACCGCAACCUUCAGCAGCCUCUCCACCUCCUUUCUCACUCUCCAACACUCGGUUACGUUUUCGUCCACAAGAACCACACCAUUGGGGGGCUGUGGAAGACAAAACGACGAUUGACGUGUUUACUGACCAAUAGCGAGUGGAAACACUGCGGGAAGGCGCACACCGAAGCUCGACUGAAGACCAAUGAAACAUUGGGGAUGGGAGCGGAGCGUCGUACUAUUUGCUGGCCCGGCUAUCAAUCAACGGCUUUUAAAUGCCUACAGUGCGGCCCAGGGGUGCUGCAUGAAUCUUGCCAUCCUGGGAUUGUUGUAAACCACCGCAGCGGAGCCCGGGAAGCAUGAAGACCGAGGAUGAUGAGGAGGAUGGCGGCCGCCGGACCAAGCAGAGGUUCGAGGAGCUGUGUCAGAGGCUGAACAUGGACGAAUGUGCCAAGUGCGAAGCUUGGGCCAGUUACGAGAGCAUCAGCAGGAACUACACGCUGGAGGGAGAAGACCUUCACUGGUUGGCCUGUGCCUUAUAUGUAGCAUGUAGAAAAGCUAUUCCAUCAGUGGGAAGAGGAAUUGUGGAAGGGAAUUGUGUCUCCUUAAGAAAGAUCCUGCACUGUUCAGAGCUCAGUUUAAUAGAAUUCUUCAAUAAAAUGCAAAAAUGGGCAGACAUGGCAAACCUGUCACAAGAACUCAGGGAACGUACUGAAAAGCUGGAGAGGAACUUUAUUGUUUCUGCUGUCAUCUUUAAGAAGUGCAAGCCGAUCUUCUGUAACAUUUUUAAGGACCUCCAAGAAGAACCACCACCACGUCAGCAUAGAGGUCGAAAACAAAGCAGGCGGCAACCUUGUACAGUCUCUGAAGUGUUUAACUUUUGCUGGGUGCUGUUUGUUCUGGCCAAAGGAAACUUUCCGAUGAUCAGUGAUGACCUUGUUAAUUCCUAUCAUCUUCUGCUGUGUGUGAUUGACUUGGUAUUUGGGAAUGCACUGCUUUGCUCUCACCGUAAAGAUUUGCUGAAUCCCAAUUUCAAAGGUUUGUCUGAAGAUUUCCACAGUAAAGAUUAUAAACCACCUUCAGAGCCACCUUGUAUUAUUGACAAAUUAUGUACAGCGUAUGAUGGAUUGGAAUUGGAGGCAAAAGGGAUUAAGCAACAUUACUGGAAGCCUUACAUCAGAAAGCUAUUUGAGAAGAAGAUUCUGAAGGGAAGAGGAGACACUCUGACUGGUUUUCUGGACCCUGGGAACUUUACAGACAGCAUUAAAGCCAUUAACAAGGCCUAUGAAGAAUAUGUGUUAACUGUGGGAAGCAUAGAUGAAAGGAGUUUCUUGGAAGAUGAUGCAGAUGAAGAGAUAGGAACCCCAAAUAGGUAUCUGAGCAGCAUGUCCAACGUAGAAACGGCUGAAAGGAUGCAAAUACAGCACAAUCUUCAGCAACAUUUUGACAAUACUAGGGCACUCACAGUUUCAACACCACUUACUGCUCGGAAGUACAUAAAGGAGAGUAACUUGUGUAUGACUCCCAUAUCCUCCGCUACGCAGUGUGUUAGUCGUCUUCAUGCCAUGCUAACUGGGUUGAAAAAUGCUCCGAGUGAGAAAUUAUUACAGAUUUUCAGGUCUUGCUCCAGAGAUCCUACACAGUCUGUCCAGAACAGAGUUCAGGAGAUGGGUGAAAUAUUCUGUCAUCAUUACACACAAUCCACCAAGGAUCACUCCGGAUUCUCAAUAGACUAUGCCACUAAACGCCUUCGGCUAGCAGAGAUUCUGUACUACAAAGUUUUAGAAGCAGUGAUUGAGCAAGAAAGGAGAAGGUUAGGAGAAAUAGAUCUGACUGGAAUAUUGGAACAAGAUAUAUUCCAUCGGUCUCUUCUGGCUUGCUGCCUUGAAAUAGUUAUUUUUUCCUAUAAACCACCAGGAGAUUUUUCGUGGAUCAUUGAUAUCUAUGACCUUCCAUCCUAUCAUUUUUACAAGGUGAUAGAGGUACUCAUAAGAGCAGAGGAUGGUCUUUUCAGGGAGGUAGUAAAGCAUCUGAAUUAUAUUGAAGAAACAAUCCUGGAAAACUUUGCAUGGAAGCAAGAAUCCCCUCUUUGGGAUGGAAUUAAAGACUCAGAAAACAAGGUUCCAUCGUGUGAAGAAGUGAUGGCACCACAUUAUUUUGAAAAUCUGGAGAAUGCUGGCAACAAUGAGAUGUCUUCUCCCAUUACUCAUUCAAGACUAAAGGAAGCUCGUGCUGAGAGUGGCAGGAUAGACACCAUUGUAUCACCAACAACGCUUCAUGAUCGAUACAGCUCUCCAACAGCAAGUAAUGCAAGGAGGAGGUUGUUUGUAGAUAAUGACAACAACCCAGACUCGACAACCAACUCUCCUAGGAUUUCCCAGCAACAAACUGUUAAUGCCGUACCAGUUCAGAAUGUGACCGCUGAGACUGUGUCCAUUUCUCAUGUCCCGGGACAGACAUUAGUAACCAUGGCAACUGCAACUGUUACAGCUACUAAUGGACAAACAGUCACAAUUCCAGUUCAAGGUAUUGCAAAUGAAAAUGGAGGCAUUACCUUCAUUCCGGUUCAGCUCAAUGUCUCUGGACAGGCUCAGUCCGUGACAAGUACCAUUCAACCUCUUACAGCCCAGAACCUUGCCAGUAGUUUGGGCAGUCACCAGUUAGCUGGCACUUCACUGCCGAUUGCUGGGCAGGUGUCAGUUCAACAUUCCCCAGGCCAAAAACAAAGCCAGCACCAAGGAGGAGUAAUCAGCAGACCCAAAAAGACAGGCUCGAUUGCGCUGUUCUUUCGAAAGGUAUAUCACUUAGCAAGUGUUCGUCUGCGGGACCUCUGUGCAAAACUGGACAUUUCAGAUAACUUGAGGAGGAAAAUCUGGACGUGCUUUGAAUAUUCGUUGGUUAACUGCACUGAUCUAAUGGCUGAUAGACAUUUAGAUCAACUUUUGAUGUGUGCUAUUUACAUAAUGGCGAAGGUAACAAAGGAAGAUAAAUCCUUCCAGAACAUCUUGCGUAAUUACAGGACCCAACCACAGGCCAGUAGUAAUAUAUAUAGGAGUGUAUUGUUAAAAGUUCGAAGAAGACGAACUUCUGGCAGUAGUGACAGUAGUGGUCGCCAGGGUUCACCAACAGAGACAACCAGAGAUAGGAACAGUAGAGACUCUAGUCCAAACAUGAGGUCCAACAGUACGCUGCCAGUACCUCAGCCAAGUAGUGCACCACCUACGCCAACGCGGCUGGCUGGAGCUAACAGUGAUAUGGAAGAGGAAGAGCGGGGAGAUCUCAUUCAAUUCUACAAUAACAUUUACAUCCGGAGAGUAAAAGCAUUUGCACUGAAGUAUUCUACAUCAAGCCUGGAGAAUGGGAACGAAGCUCCUCCAUUAUCUCCCUUCCCAUCUGUAAGGACAGGAUCACCACGCAGAGUCCUGCUCUCUCAACAUCACUCCAUUUACAUUUCACCGCACAAGAAUGGAGGUUCCCCUUCACCACGAGAAAAGAUGUUUUAUUGCUUCAGUAGAAGUCCUUCAAAGAGACUGAGAGAUAUCAACAACAUGAUCAAGACUGGUGAAACUCCAACCAAGAAACGUGGCUUGACAUUGGAUGAUGGCAAUGAAGUGCCAGCUAAGCGGGUUUGUCAGAACCAUACUGCACUAUAUAGACGUUUGCAAGAUGUGGCCAAUGACAGAGGCUCACACUGAUUCUAUUUGUGCCUCAUUACUUUGGUAAUUUGUUGAGAAACAGUAAUGGGCUUUGGCACAAAUACCAACUAAUUAUAUCAACUUCAUGACUUGUCCCCCUGCCUUUGAGUCCAAGAAACUGGAAAGCAGACCAGAGGAAAAUUACAGCUAUGCUUAAAGCUUUUGCUAAGCCAUAUAGUCAGUGAAUACAUGCUGUAGGAAAGUGCAAAAUGGACACAAAGGGUCAAGCGCUUUAACAGAUAUCCACAGUUUCUUGCUUUGUAAAGCAGUUUACCUUUAAAAGAUUGGAUUGUUAAAGAGGGGCAUCUUAGGAUAAGAGAUUUGUGAAGCAAAGUAUUUUAAAUAGCAUUUUAUUAUUUAAGCUUUUCCAAAAUAAGUAUUAAAACAGACUUAUAACAAGUUUUUCAUAUCAAAUUCAAUUAUACUAUUACUACAUUUGUAUGUAAACUUAGGUUAAAAUGUUAAAAUUUUAAAUACGUUUUAGAAAGGACAGGUUAUUUUCAAAAGCAAAAUUUAGGAUAUGAUCCUAUUACUGAUAUACAAUUGUGCUGUGCAACUGUUCGGAUUGGACAAUAGCGUUUAAAUUCCCAUGGACAAGUUUUCCCUCCUCCACAGUUAGCAUUCCAUGUCCAAGGAUUACUUUCAAAGUGCCCAGUUUAUCUACAGUGGAUUUUGGUGCCCAAAACUGGCUGUGUGGAUUCAGUGAGCUUGGAAGGUCAUGAAUAGCAUGCAAAUAAUAACUACGGAACCAUCAAAAAUUAAAUAUGAGUUUGAAAUGGUAGACUAGAGACAGUAGUUUAGGAGAGAAAAUGUUAAAACAAAAGCUUCUAUUUAAAAGAAUAUUGAUUUUAUGGAAGAUGACCCAUUUUAUUUUCAGGUUAUCAUACUUGAUGUCACCUAGACCUUUCACUUUCUAUCGAUUAACAAGUUAAUCUAUUGCAAAAACAAAUAUUGUAGAUGCUGAAAGUCCAGACAGACAAAUAAAAAAUGCAGGUCAGGCAACAUUUGGAAAGAGUAAAAGUUUUAACUUAAGGCUGUUGAAUAUCCAAAUCAAAUGUAAUGGGAUUUCAAGUUAGGAAACAAAUUUAGCAUGUUGUUGUCAUGCAGUGUUUGUCCUCAAGUGGUGUACUGAACAUUCAUCAUUCAAGUCUUAGGCUGUGCGGAGAUAAAAUUAUUUAUUUAAAUGAAUGUACAAUGACACAGAUAAUGCACUUAAUAAAACAACUCCCCAGCAACACAAAUUGGAGCACAAUUGGAGCUGGAAGUACUUGGCAAGUCAGGCAACAUCUGCAGAAGGAUGUAAACAGUCAACCUUUUGACUGCCAGUGCAUAGGAAGGAUCUUAACAAGUCAGGCAGCAUCUGU